AUGCUCGAGCAACGAGAAGACAAUAUCGCACUAUUGAGUGUCGAAAGAAGCCUUGGAGAUUUUGCAUCCGAAGAGGGAAACCAUCCAACGAGGCCCUAUGCUCAGUAUCGACGCAACUGGCAUGCCAGCCGUACGCACACCAACAGCGCCUUUCUGAAAUGGGCGACGAUCUUUCUUUGCAUGAUCAUCCUCAUCGAUCUUGCGGUCUACUUGCAUGUCUUUCGAAUAAUUCUUGGCUUAGUCGAUGGUAGUAUCGCCGAACUCGAGGCUGAGUAUCGCAAUCCAUAUGUUGGUCUAGCGGAGCUGUAUGCAUCGGGACGCGUCAAUGCAUUGCAUUACGGUCCAAUUACGAACGUUCCCCGCGUCGCUCAACAAGUGAGCCGUUCUGAACCACGCAAAGUUUUCCAAGAAGCUGUGCAUCGGCGCUGGCUCGGUCAGUUUGGGACGGUGUCGCCCAACGAUCGUCGGCUGCAUGUCUCAAACGAUCUACAUACAAUCCUCCAAUUCAGAACUAUGGAUUAUGGAAUGGAACGUUGCCAGCUGGCCCUGCGCAUCCCUUCCUCAAUGGAUCAGCAGGAUUUUACGCUCAACGAUUCGUCUGGCCGAGCACGGCUCGAUGUUUGUAUCCUCGACGCUACGGCUCCGCUCAACCCCCGCACGGUAUCCUGGGCGAAUCGCCCGCAAUGUAGUGGAACUGCGAGGACAUUGGUUGCCGGACCUGGUGAGGAGGCUAGAUUGGCAGAGUUCCCUUGUCCCUGGGGUUCGUUGCAUACGUAUGAAGUUUCUUGUGCUGGUGAUGCAUCUCAAUGCGAAAUUGAUGUCUGGGCAAACCGAAAUGGAACAUGGGGUAUCUUCAUGUAUCAGCACCAGAGCAUCUGA